GUGGGAGGAAAGCUGGCUUGGCCUGGUGGUCUUGGGGUGAACCCGACCUCAGCUUGCCUGGAGAGUGAAAGCAUCCCAUGGCCGGAGGGCCCUGCCGGCCACUAAACCUCCCCCAAGAGCCCUGGGGCCUCUGUUUACUGCUGCUGCUCCUGGCUGAUGAGUGCCUGUUUGGGGUCCAUUGGCCAGCUGGGUACGCCACCUGGCCUCAAGCCCAGCCGGGCUCUUGGCUUGAUCCCAGUGAGUUCUCUUGUCCCUGGUUCUCCUGCCUGCCGAUGUGUUUGAUCCUUGAACUCUUAAGCGCCACAUAGUCAUAGCUCAGGAGUGAAUUCCCUGUUUAUAGCUACUGCUUAUCUCCAGCAAUAAACAACCUGGCCGGUAUAAAAGGCCUCCAGCAACUCCAUGCAGCAAAGACCACGGCAGACACCUGAGUGGCUGGGUCGGACGUAGUUCAGGAUGCAGAGCCUCAAUCUUGUCCUGGCCCUCCUGCUCCUUACAGGAGCCCAGGCCCGCUACUUCUGGCAGCACGAUGACCCCCAGCAGACUCGCCUGGAACACCUGCAGGAGCUGGGCCAGGUGUACCUGGACUCGGCCAAGUCGGCAAUCCAGCAAGCCGUGGUCCAGUUUGACUCCUCUGCCUUGGCCCAGGAGCUGCAAGUGAACUUAGGGCAGAAGCUGGAAGCCAUAACAAUUGUGCUGCGAGAGGUCAAGGAGCAGAUCACCCCCGAGCUGCAAGAAGUGGGUACCGAACUGCAGGCAGCCUGGCGGAAGCUGAAGGAAGAUCUGACCAAGGACGUGCAGGAGAUUGGCACCGAGAUCCAGCCCUUGCUGCGCAGGCUCCGGGAGAACGUGCAGCAGGAAGCCUCCGCCUACUUCCAGCAGCUGAGAACCAUCUCCCAGGACAUCAACCAGGUGGCCCAAGAGAAGCUGAGGCCGGUGGCCGAGGGUUUCCGGGACAAGGUGCGAAGUCACGUGGACGAGUUCCGCAAGGACGCCGCUCCCUACGCCAAGAAGCUGGAGCUGCUGAUCCAGGAGAAGGCCAAGACGCUGGAGGAGACCGCCCUGACUGAGCUCACCGAGUUGCAGACCGAGCUGCAGCAGCAACUGAGCGAAGUGCGGGAGAAAUACGGGCCCCUCUGGGAAAAGGCCCGGGAGGAGCUGCUGAGUCUGCUGGCGACCGCCAAGUCCUUGUUUGUGACCAGCGGAGGUUCGGAACAGGAGGUGCAGCAGCAGAGCUCCUAGAGGCACCCAUCCUAGCGGCUGAGGAGGCUGGCAAUUCCUUUGUAAGGCAGCAGAAGGCCGGAUCCCACCCCCACCCCAAUCUGGCUGCCAGUCUCAUGUCCCUUCCCUAGACUUUUUUCUCCUCUUCUUCUUUUGUGCCAAAUAAAAAACAAAACAAAAGUG